GGACGGGGAGGCCGCCCUCGCGCCGCAGGCCGUCGUUAUGGCGGGAAGGAGGCGAUGAGGAGAAGCAGGAGGACGAGGAGGAGGGGGAAGAAGAAGAAGAGGAGGAGGAGGAGGAGGACCAGGCCGACCCCGGCCUGCCAGGGGAGCCCGACCGCCUUGUUCCCCGCGGAGGAAAGCAGCCCAACUGUCUGAAGAUGGAGGAAUAUGAGAAGUUCUGUGAGAGGAGCCUGGUCCGAAUUCAAGGAGAGUCACUACACAGAGAAUGCUUUCCACCUGUUCAGGCGGAAAACUCCUCACUUAUUCAGUUCCAUGGGGUUGCCGUGCUUUCUCCUUUGCUAAGCGUGGAGAGAAGAAAGGAAAUGCAGCGGGAAAGACAAAAGGCACUUGACUUAGAAGCACGCAGGCAGAUCAGUAGGAAGAAAACCUUACUGAAUCGUGUCCAGGAGAUUCUGGAAAAUGUGCAGGUCAGAAAGGCAUCCAAUACAAGUGAUUCUGAGCAGUGGGAGACUGAGACCGUUUGCCCCGAUUCUGAAGUCAAAGAAUUAAAUGGGUUUACUCUAGCCCCGUACGGCAGUUCUCCAGGUCUUUCGGAACACAGUCGUUCAAUAAGCCUUGAAGAGAAGAGGGAAAUUUUGACUUCCGAUACUGACGCACAAUUUCAACGGGAUGGAACAGAUUCAGACAGAAGUCAAGAAGAAACAGUGUUUCCAGAACAAAAGGACGGUCCAAAUCCUAGCCACUCAGAGAAGGAAGCUUCUCCAGAGAGCGUUCAUUCCAAUAUCCCGACGGGGUCCCUUGCCUCAGAUGGUAUUGCAGAAGGAGAUAGAGAGUUGGAUCCUCUGCCAGUAAAAGAAGCCUCCCCAGAUCCCUACGUCAUGAGUCUUCAGAACCUUCUCAAAAAGUCAAGGGAGUAUAUAACAAGAGAACAAGCCAGGCGCAGCUUGAGAGGUGGCUCCAAGAGGACUAUCAGUGAAAGCCAUUCAGAUAAAGAAAAUGACACUGUUAAAGGCUGUGACUCCGUACGAGAGAGGCUGAAGCUUGCAAGCAAAGGUGCUAAUUCAGUUACACUCGAUAAACCAAGUCUUAAUAAAUCGAACAUUCUUCUCCAAGGUGCUUCUACCCCAAAAUGCAGCGCGAAUACAUCGCCUUUAACAGGUGUCUGUAAAGCAGAUACACCAGUUCAAAGUGAAACCUCAUCCAUUUUAGAUUCAGAUAUGGAUGAAGAUUUGAAUGCCCAUUCCACGUUCGAUCCCGAAAAUAGCAUUAUUGGAAGCCUGUCCAGUUCAUAUGCCAAUUUGCCAAGCCCGGAACCAAGUUUGAGUCCUAAAAUGCCCCGAAGGCGUCUUCGGCCAUUGUCCACUGGCCACAUAGUUAUCAAUAACCCUGUAAACGCCCAGGAAUUAAGUCCCAAAGGCAAGGGAAAGCUUGUGAACUUGGUUACUCAAGAUGUUAAUGAAAAGAAAUGUGCACCUGAACCUGUCCCCAAAGUAGCUCUUGACUCAACUGGAGUGUGUCCUAGCAGCAGAAAUUUUUCUGAAGCUCCCGCCGGAGUGGUAUCAGGGAAAUCAGGUAAAACGUGUCAGCGUUCAGUUAAUCAACCAGAAAACAAAGGCAUUCCCGCAUCGCCGACAAUGGAAGAUCCAUUGGCGUUUGGCAGCAGAGGGUUAGACAAGAUGGAAAUAGAGGAUAUUCGUUCUGUAGUUCCAAGACUACAUGAACCAUAUGCAUCCGGUCUAGGUAGAGUAAGUCCAAAGCUAGGGACAAGGAAUAGCGGCAAGCCCGCUGCCUUGGUAGAAAACAGCAGUUGUAAUUCACAAGUGGAACUGAAUAAAUCCUACGAUGUUGAAAACCCAUCUCCACUCCUGAUGCAGAGCCGGACUAAGAGGCAGCAGAUGGCUCCUCCGUGUGGAUCCCGCGGAAAUGAGCAGUUUUUAGGAAAAAGUUUCGAAAAGAUUAAACGGAGACUUGAUAUGGAUAUUGAUGUGCUGCAAAAAGAGAACAGCCCAUACGUGGCACCAAGCAGGAUGGUAGAGAACCAGGAAAGGCAAGGGUUGCCGGAAAGAAGAUGUCCUAUAGGCUAUGGAUAUAUUAAGAAUGAGAUUUUUUUAGAAAAUAGCAUCAAAGAGGGAGAGGAAUUUUUAAAAAACAAGAUGCUGGCUUUCGAGGAAAUACGGAAGAGACUCGAAGAACAGCACGCUCAACAGCUAUCACUGCUUAUAGCUGAACAGGAGAGGGAACAGGAGAAAUUACAAAAGGAAAUAGAAGAACAAGAGAGACGAUUGAAAGAGAAGAAGGACAUCACAGCAGAACCCCCAGACACGAAGAUUAACAGUGGGGUAGAAUUAGAGUGGAGAAAAAUAAGCGAUAGUGGCUUGGUAGAUUCUAAGCUGCCUCACGUGGAUACCCUCCACAUUGCAAAUAAUGCUGGUUUGGUCAACCCCAGCCAACAACAUAGUUUUCGUCUGGCAAAUGAAGCUCCAUUCUACCUGUGGGGAUCAUCAGCCAGCACUCUGCCCAAAAUGUCAACAUCUAGACCUCUUGGAAGAGCCAAAAUUAGAUGGUCUCAGGUCUUCAGUCCGGAGAUGCAAGUAAAGUUUAACAAAAUAACAGCUCUGGCAAAGGGAUUUCUUACGCGUAGGCUUAUGCAGACAGAAAAGCUGAAAUAUCUUCAACAAACCGUAAAAGACACAUUGGAAUUCAUAAGAAGCUUUCAAUCAGAAGCUCCAUUAAAAAGAGGAACUGUUUCAGCACAAGAUGCAUCUCUCCAAGAAAGAGUAGUGGCUCAGCUUCGAGCAGCCCUGUAUGAUAUCCAUGACAUAUUCUUCAUAAUGGAUGCACCUGAAAGAAUGACCAUCUUGCGGCACGAUCGGGAAGUUCGUAGAGAGAAAAUGCUCAGGCAGAUGGAUAAAAUGAAGAGCCCACGUGAAAGAGUGUCUCUUUCAGCAGCAACACAGAAAUCCCUGGAUAGGAAGAAAUAUAUGAAAGUUGCAGAAGUGGGAAUGCCAAAUAAGAAAAUCCUUGUGAAACAAAAGCCUUCUGAAACCAGAGUACUUCAGCCAAAUCAAGGACAGAAUACCCCUAUUCACAGACUUCUUUGCAGGCAAGGAGCCCCUAAGACAUCAGUGAAGGGGGUUGUGCAAAAUAGAGUGAAGCCCUCAGAGAGCAGAGUGCCUAACAGAGUGCCUAUUUCAGGAGUAUAUGCAGGAAAAACUCAAAGAAAGCAGCCAAAUGUUGUGACAAUUUAAGAAGACAACAUUCAUUGGGCUAAAAAAUAGGUUUUCUUCUCCAAAACGUAAUAGUUGGUUGGGUCAACAGGGCAAUGUGAAGAGGAGGUUUGAGCAAGUAUCUGGAUACUUCAAAGCAAGACAAAAUUAUGUUUUCUGUCAAAAGCAGUUGUUUUUCUUCUUAGCCAGAAAAUUGUCUCAAUUCUCUACUUUACAUUCCCUUUGAAGAGACAAUAUCUGGAAAAUAAUGUUCCUCUGUGAGUAUAUUGACACCAAGAAGCUAGCUCUGGAAGGCAGAGUGACUUGUGUAAUAUGUUUGUAGAGCUAAUGUUUUCUAGAUACUAAAUGUCUCCUAGAGCAAAAUGAGGUGGAAGUUCCGAAAAACACAUAUUUUCCUUGCUAGAACCGCUUUGUAUUUAGAUUGCAGAAUUCAGGAAUUCAACAUGCUAGAGAAAAAUAACAUGGGAAAAUUUUUUGGUAGGGGUAUUAAUUUUCAAGAAAGCCUAUUUUUCUUUGACCAUGCAAUGGGACCAGUCACAGUGUGUAUGCUGUACGAAGGAUUACCAUGCAGUUCCAAAGAAUGGGCCUGGUUCCAACAUAAAAGGGCCCAAAUAGUAUAUAUAUAUAUAAAAUCUGGCACUAUUUCUACAGCCAAGGGAAUAUUUAAAAUGCUAUUCUUAGGAAUAGCAUUAAUAACAGAAGUGCUGAGGUUAGUUUCCUGUUACCCUAUUAAUAGUUUGAGCACUGUUUGUGCCCUGUUUCCUGUGAAGAGAAAAAUCUUUUCAAAAGGGCAGCACAAUAUUCUUGAAAGUCUCCUAUUUAGGAAUGCACUAAUCUAAGAAAUUCAAUAGUAAGGAUCUAUAGUUGCAUGAAGUUAGGUAGAGCUGAGUACAUUUCUCCAGGCAGUUUUGUCCCUUUUAUCAUUACUCAGAUUUUCUCUAAGAUUCUUACUCCUGGAAAUAAAAGAUCAGUAAUAAGUUUAAUUUGAAAUUAGAUGAUAAUUUUAACUAAGUGAAGUUCUGCCUGUCUUAGGGGCCUAUAAUUGUUUUAGCUCCUUUGGGCUAACAGUUUAAAAUUAAAUUAAUAUCACUCAGUGUAGGCACAAGUCAGAGAUAGUUUACAAUUCUCAUGUUUUAGGUCAUAAAGGAAAGGACUUUGUAGUCCUCUUUCAUGAUUGGACAAAUGAUAUAUAUUUUUCCUAACUUCAUUUUUAAAAAGAGGAAGAUCUCUUGUAUAGAGAAUUGAAGGAUAUCCUUUUAAGCAAUAUCUUUUGAAAGAUAUGCAUGAAAUGAGAAGCCAGGUCCUUGGAAUAUUUCAAGUUUCUGAGUAGAAAGCAGAUAGUUCUGGAGAUAUAUAUAUAGUUUUGAUUCUUGGGAUUUUUUUCAGGACAAGUUAGAAUGAAACCAGAAAAAAAUUCGAAAUAAUGAAGAUAUUUUAUUAAGGUAAAUGUACUUGAUUACAUACCAUUUAAAGAAGGUCACCUCAGGGUUCAGUCUGCAUACUUGUAGGCCUCUCUGUGAUACAGUCUUGACUGUAAAUGAUUUAUAGGCAGGACUCUACCCGGAGAAGCAAUAGGUUUUGGAGAAAAGUAAAAAUACCCUAGUUUUAGAUUUAAGAAUUUAAAAAUGAACAUUUUUUAGUUUGAAAGUGUGUGUAUUUCCAGUCAGCACAAUUUUUUUUUUUUAACUCCUACUGCUUUCUUCAGAGUGCCAGACAUUGUUUUGUGUGUUGAUUUUUUUAUUUAUAACUUUUUUAUUCUGUUUUUUUAUUUUGAAUGGCUUCUCCAUUAUUGUAAACUGUAUUUAUUUUUGUAUUGUAUUUUGAUUUUUACUGGCUUUGCUAAUAGCCAAGCAGCAAAAUAAACUUCAUCCUGAAAGAACUC